AUGUCGCCUGACGCGGUCCCGCUCUCCGCACUCUCUUUCAGUGAAGAUGCUGCCUGUAUUCCUGUAGUUGAGCGCACGUUGCUCACUUUCGACGAGGCUGUAGAGUUUCAAGUGAUUUGGACUCUGGAGUGGUGUUGGGGAGUUGAGAGAGGAGGGAUCCCUCUGACAGGCCCAUUCAAUCGUAUGGAAUUACGCGCCGACAUGGCCAAGUCUUUCGACGAGGAGGAUUGGACACUCAUGCCGACAAGAAAGACUCUCAGAGCUAUGUCGCACCUACUACGCCAUAAUGCCCAAGCGGAUGCGAGCUCGCGAAGGAACGCCAUGAAGGCGCAGAAAUGCAAGUACAAGCUCAAAUUCGUUGGUCAUCGCAAACCAGGCGAUGAGCCAACGAUCUACGCUGCCAUCGGAGACGCGGAACCCACGGCCUACAAAUAUCCUUACAAGGAUCUGAGAAUUCGUUCCUGCGCACAUCCCUUCAUCGUCGUUUACAAGGCGCAUCUCAUAGCAACGGAUCGGCAUAAUGGCUGGAACCAUCACGCGCUCGAAUCACUGCAUGACAACACCUUGAAGAUCAGCAUGCGUUGGCGCGAAACGCCGCCAGCCCAGUUCAAAUACGGCCCUGACUUCCCCCCCGAACAUUGCCAUCCUGGUAGCAUAGCGGGCUCUGUCGACGGCUCGUCGCCUCGAAAGCGCGGAUCUUCGGACCGUCCAAGUGACCUUCCUCCAACGAAUGCGCUCUGUUCGCACUCUGGAUCCCGCUCGUCGCUGCGCAAACGCAAACGCGAAGACAGCGACGAGGAGGUGGACCUCGAGGCGCCUCCCAGACUAUGCGCCAGGACACUGGAUACUUCGUCUCUGGCGAGCCUCUACGCUGACAGUACCGCGGUUGUGUCGUGGCUGGACAUGCUCGAGCCCGGUGACGUCGACUAUCGCUGCACACCCGAGUCUGCUAUGGCGGAAGCGGACGCAGCCCUGGCACAGUACGUGCAGGAGCCCGCGCGCGAUCCGAAGGAGGUCAUGCGUACCGGUUGGAAGCCGCUGAAAAUCUCUCGACCUUUGGGACAGGAGCGCGAUAUGUCGCGCUGGACCAGUUCAAUGGCGGCGGCGUGGAUUGCUGGUGUCAUGAUCUGGGGGCGCUAUGAUGACGGAAGUUCAUAG